AUGUCCCACAUCGCGGUGGAGCGCAACCGGCGGCGGCAGAUGAACGAGCACCUCAAGGUGCUCCGGUCCCUGACGCCCGGCCUCUACAUCAAGCGCGGCGACCAAGCCUCCAUCAUCGGCGGCGCCAUCGAGUUCAUCAAGGAGCUGCAGCAGGUGCUGGAGUCGCUGGAGGCCAGGAAGAAGCGGCACAGCAGCGGCGGCGGCGGACACAGCUUCAUGAGUAGUAGCCCCAGCCCCACGCCCAGCCCGCGCUCCCAUCUCCUCUCGUCCGGAUCCGGAUCCGGAUCCUCCGCCGCCGCCAGCAGCACCAUGGCCACCCCGUCGCCGCCAGUCGCAGGGUCGACGACGAUGAUGAUCAAGGAGCUCGCCGCCUGCUGCAACUCGGCCGUGGCCGACGUCGAGGCCAAGAUCUCCGGCUCCAACGUCCUGCUGCGCACGCUCUCCCGCCGCAUCCCCGGGCAGGCCGUCAGGAUGAUCGCCGUGCUCGAGGGCCUCCACCUGGAGAUCGGGCUCGAAUGCCAGCUCAGUGUUGAGGAUCUUGCCUACGAGGUGCAGCAGAUCUUCGUCGUCUGCUGCCGGGACUCGGAGCUGCCGGAGCCGGAGCAGCCGCAGGAGGAUCAUCAAAUCAUGAUGUACUCAUCAGCUAUGGCCAUAUAA